AUGGAUUUGAGCCUCAAGCGCAGAGGGUUCAUUAAGGGGAAGCUGGUGCCGCUGUAUCGAGCGGCGAAGACUGCCUCAAACGUGCAAUACAAUAGCAAAGUUAUGAAGCCUAGCCGGUCGGCGGCGGCUACUGCUUCAAUGGGUUAUGCAGUCCACCAGCAGAAGGACAAUUUUGUUGCUGAGCCGAAGCCCAAGAUUUGGUUUAUUGUACAAGCUGCUGAUAACAAUCGUAAGGUGAACCACUCUGAUAACCUCUUUGGCGAUGAAAUGGUGGACGACAAAGCCGCAAACUACAUCGCUUCGGUUAAAGAACGCUUCAAGCUUGAACGUACCGACUCAGAAUGA